CGCCGUCCGCCCGCAGAAACGAGCGAGGCAAAAGAUCCUGAACAUUGUUUGGCAACUCAGACGAGCGCGACUUGGAGAGGCUCUUGGAGACGGCGACUUCCCGGCUGUGCUGAGGCAGCUGCUGCCCCUAAUGAAGCCCCGCGGAGGCGAGGACAGCUCGUCGUCAGGAUCGAGGCUCGGGCAGGACGAGUGCGGGCCGGACGAGCUGAUCCUCCUCCUGAUCUAUCUGUACACCCUGGCUGAGGAGGUGCAGCACUUCGCCGAUGGUGGGGAGGAGGAGCUGGAGAAGCUGGAGCGCGAGCUGAUAGGAGCGCUCACGCUGGUCGUCACCCGGGAGACGGAGCUCAGUCCGCUGCUCCAGAGCCUCACCGGUUGUGCAGCUGCAGAGGAACUGACCACAGAAAGAGCCCAUUCUGCAGUGGGGAAGAUGUUUGAGACCCUCCGAGGUUUGAGCCACAUGAGAGACCACCUCAAGCAGCUGCGCUCCGUCUACACUGCAAGUGACGGAGUCCACCAGGCCUCGUACCGCCCGUUCCUGCGACAGGUCCUGGAGGAAGUUUUCCACCCUGACCGACCCGAAUGCCCCGACAUCGAACACAUGUCAGGAGGGCUGACGGACCUGCUGAAGACCGGAUUCAGCAUGUUCAUGAAGGUGAGCCGUCCACGUCCCAGAGACAACCCUCUGCUCUUCCUCUUCCUGGUUGGUGGCGUCACGCCGUCGGAGCUCCGCCUCGUCAAGGACACCGUCGCCGCGCUCAAACCAGCAACACAGGUACUGGUUCUCUCCACCCGCUUACUAAGACCGACGGAUAUCCCUGAGCUGCUCUUCAGCACCCAGAGACUGCGGCCAGAUGUCGGUUUCUGAACGGCCGGUGCGAGGAACGAACCUCACCGGCGUACGUUUGGACAAUCAGGUGUCGAGCUCAAGUAGUUAGAUUUUUAUACAAAUGCUGAGGGAUUUAAAAAAUAAAAAAUAAAACAUUCCUGCUCUGUG